AUGGUGCGCAAACUCAAGCACCAUGAGCAGAAGCUGCUCAAGAAGGUCGACUUCAACACGUACAAAUCCGACAAUGACCACAGGGAAGCAGCCGUAAUGCGACGAUAUGCCAUCCAAGGCCGCGACGACUAUCGCAAGUACAACCAACUGUGUGGCUCCAUGCGCCAACUUGCCCAUAAGCUCGCCAACCUCGAUCCCGCGGACCCCUUUCGCCGCAAACACGAAGACCUGAUGCUAGAGAAGCUAUACGACAUGGGAAUACUAGGCACCGGUGGUGGCGGCAGAGGCAAGCUCAGCGACGUUGAAAACAAGCUCACCGUAUCGGCUUUUGCGCGGAGAAGACUGCCCGUCGUCAUGACGAGGCUACGCAUGGCCGACCACGUCCAGGCUGCUGUGCACACCAUCGAGCAGGGCCAUGUCCGAGUUGGGACCGACGUUGUUACGGAUCCUGCAUAUCUUGUCACUCGGAAUAUGGAAGAUUUUGUGACUUGGGUCGACUCGUCCAAGAUCAAGCGGAACAUCAUGAAGUACCGCGACAAGCUGGACGACUUCGAACUUGAGGCGCUAUAG